UUGGUUUAGCUUUCUUCCAUAUAAACCGCCUCUGCCCUCUGAUAAAUAGACCUCAUCGGAACACCCCUCCAAGCCUCGCCCUCUGGAUCAGAUUACCUUUUUCUGCUUAAAUUUCCAUUCGACUAUCAGAUCGCCUUACUCUCCUCAAUUUUCCGUUCGUCGGAUCCCCUUUCUCUCCAUACUUUUCCGUUCGUCAGAUCCCUUUUCUCUCCAUACUUUUCCGUUCAACAAUCCCUGAUUUGUCGGGGUUCUCUAUAAUUUAGAAUUGUUGUUUGAGCCAAGACAGUUUUAGCCUCAAUCGACCUGCCUGAUGGCUUCUUUGGAUAUGACACUUGAUGAUAUGAUAAAGAGCAGACGUAAUAGUGAGAGAGGCCAGAAAAGUCGGGGACGAGGCAGACCUCAACGUGGAAGAGGGGCCAGUGGAUCAUUUAGAGGUGGAAGACGUGUUGGAGCUCCUCCUGGUCGAGGUGCUCUUGGUGUUAAUGCCAGACCAUCAGCCCACACCAUUGCCAAGUCUUUCCGCAGGGUGAAAAAUUUGCCUUGGCAGAACGGUUUGUUUGAAGAUGGCCUUAGAGCAGCUGGGGUGUCAUCUGGAUUUGAAAGUGGGACCAAGUUAUAUGUUUCCAACUUGCACCACAGUGUGACCAAUGAAGAUAUAAGGGAACUCUUCUCGGAGAUUGGAGAAUUGGUAAGGUAUGCCAUCCACUAUGACAAGAAUGGCCGCCAAAGUGGUUCUGCUGAGGUCAUUUUUGAGAGAAGAACUGAUGCAAUCCAAGCACUUAAAAGAUACAACAAUGUACAAUUGGAUGGAAAGCCUAUGAAGAUUGAAGUAGUUCCAACCAACCCGCAAGUUCCCUUGUUACCUCUUGUGAAUGUUGUUGGAACAAAGAAUGGAAAGAGGACAGUUGUCAUGAAUAGGGGACAAGGAUCUGGAAGGCCUAAAAGAACUGGUGCUCCUCUUGCUAGUAACUGGGGUUCUGGGCAAAGAGGCCGAGGUGGACGUGGUGGUCGUGGCCGAGGUGCUGCUGCUGGUCGUGGACGAGCUGCUGGGGGUGGUCGUGGAGGAGCAAGGAAGAGGGGUGGUGUUGAGAAGUCAGCUGAUGAACUUGACAAGGAGCUGGACAGCUACCAUGCUGAAUCCAUGCAGACUUGAAUAUACCUCGCUCCGGCCUCGAAGUCAAACCUCUCUCUAAUCAGUGGAUCCCUGUCUUUAAAAAUUCAACAACGGUUAUUAGUGUUUUUGUUCAGUGGUGCUUAUUACUGAUUAUUGAUGUUGCGAGAAGGAUUCUAGACGUUUGCUUUCUAAUCUUUGCCAAGUAUUGCCAUUAUUUGAAAUUUCGAACUGGAAUGAUGUGCAUAUUUUAUUAGUUUCCCUAAGUCAAGAGUUAAGAGUGGUGAGUUUAUAACCUUUGCUUGUACUCCGUAAUAUAUUGAAGUACUCUAGUUCGUGUUCUGGGAAGGACAAAAUUAUUCACUUAAGCAUUAUGUUU